GUGAGGAGCGCGCGAGAUGCCUGUGCCCACAGCACUGGCUCAGGUGGACAGAGAGAAGAUCUAUCAGUGGAUUAAUGAGCUGUCCAGCCCUGAGACCCGGGAGAAUGCUUUGCUGGAGCUGAGUAAGAAGCGUGAAUCAGUCCCUGACCUCGCCCCGAUGCUAUGGCACUCGUUUGGCACAAUUGCGGCUCUUCUCCAGGAAAUUGUAAAUAUUUAUCCAUCGAUCAACCCCCCAACCCUGACGGCCCAUCAGUCUAACAGAGUCUGCAAUGCUCUGGCACUCCUGCAGUGUGUUGCAUCGCAUCCGGAAACCAGGUCAGCCUUCCUUGCAGCUCACAUCCCUCUCUUCUUGUAUCCCUUCUUGCACACAGUUAGCAAGACUCGGCCAUUUGAAUACCUGCGGCUUACCAGCCUCGGCGUGAUCGGGGCCCUGGUGAAGACAGAUGAGCAAGAAGUGAUCAACUUUUUGUUGACGACAGAAAUCAUCCCCCUCUGCUUGCGCAUCAUGGAGUCUGGCAGCGAACUUUCCAAAACGGUUGCGACAUUUAUUCUACAGAAGAUCCUGCUGGAUGACACAGGAUUGGCGUAUAUCUGCCAGACGUACGAGCGGUUUUCUCAUGUCGCCAUGAUACUGGGCAAGAUGGUCCUGCAGCUCUCCAAGGAGCCGUCAGCAAGGCUGCUGAAACACAUGGUCCGCUGCUACCUUCGCCUUUCCGAUAACCCCAGUAGGGCCCGGGAGGCUCUCAGACAGUGCCUUCCUGACCAGCUGAAGGACACCACCUUCGCCCAGGUGCUGAAGGACGACACCACCACCAAGCGCUGGCUGGCGCAGCUGAUCAAGAACCUGCAGGAGGGUCAAGUCACCGACCCCAGGGGCAUCCCCCUGCCCCCGCAGUGCUGCCCGGGGAGGCGGGGGACCAGGGAGGAAACAGCUCAGGUUUACAAAGAACCAGGAACCCAUGACCUCUUCCAGGACUGCCUGGGGGCGCAGGCCGGGCUCCGGACUGCCCACCUCCCAGCCAGCAGGGCCGCUCCCCCAGCAUGGGGCUCUGGGCGUUGACACCAGCACAUACUGUUACUGCAGCUUCCCAUCCAAGCACCGCCUCUCCCCAGCUCGGCUGGCAUCUGCCCGGUGCCGGGCCAGGCCGUACCCCUGCGGACGUGAACUCUCCCCCGCGGCGUGUGGGGCACGGGCUGCCUCCUUCGCGUUCCUUGUCCCCUCACCGGUUCCAGGUCUGUUCAACGAGCGAGCUCAAUAAAAGUUGACCCAGUCGCUUUCUCCCCUCCUCGGAGCACAAACCGGCUGCGUCUCGCCCCGGGCGGCCCUCCUGACGCAGAAAGCUCCUUUCUGGCGCUGCCUCCCCGGCUUCGCUGGCCGGAGCUCUGCUAGCAGGGGGUGAGGGAAGGCAGAGGGCCUCCUGGCUUGUGGGCCCUUCCUUAGGGCCGUCGUGUUUCUGGGAUGUAAAUCCUGCAUUUCGGGCGCUCUGGCGGCUGGGUGGCGGCUGUACUCCACCUACCCGAGCUGCUUGUCCGGCAUCUCCUGGGCUGUAGUACAGCGCUUCUCCCAGCACCGCCUGGCCGGCAGGAGGCUGGGCUUUGCCCCCUGAGCCCGCUUCGCUGGCCAGGUGCGUCAGCGCGGCCGGUUCGCUGGCAGGCGCUCACCGCAUGAGGAGAUCCUGGCAGCAGAGGGCCCAGGGAGGAGCAAGUUGGGCAGGGGCGGUGCUGUCAGGGAGGUGCCAAGGGCAGCAGGGACGUCGGCUUUGCUGGGGUGCCAGGCGUCGAGGCUGCCUUGAUCCACAAGGGCUCUUGCUCCUCCCCCUUCUCCCACUCCUCGUCCCUGGCCCAAAGGCGGCCGCAGCAAGGCCGUCUGGAGAGACACCUGCCCGCGUCGCUCUUCAAACCAAAGGGGGGAGGCGGAUUGGCCAGCGCUUGUCCUACAGGCCGGGGGCCCCCAGUGCCAGCGCUGGCCUUGCCCUGCAGUGACGCUGCUCGGCCCUGGCACCCAGCAGACGGCAGCCAAAGCUCGCGCUUCCUCGGGAAGAAGCUUUUCCCCUUUUGCUGAUCAUCGGCCAUGUCAUUGUGCCAAUAGUGUCUUAACCCCCUCCAGGCCUCUCCUCCCCCGCCCGCGGGCCCCCGUGCAGCACGGGGGCAGAGCGCCGGGCCCCCUCCCUCGCCCCGGGCUCUGGUUUUAUACCGCUAGGCUCAUUUUUCCAUCCCCACCUUGACACGACUUAAAAAUGCUUCUGUUUUGUAACUUAAACUUAAUAAAAAAAACCCAAAGCAC